UCUAGAGCUUCCUCAUUUGUUACGGACGCUGUAUGUGACAAUAGGUCCGUUCGUUUUCGCUGCACCGCUGAACUAAUGUUAUAAGUUGAAGUAAGACAACAUAUACUUGUCUCGCUUCAACUUAUUUCACUAGUUCAGCGGUGCAGCGGAAACGAACGGCGUUGAUGACGUCAUGAUGACAUCAUUCUCGAUAAAAAGAACGCUUUAGUGUAAACUCCUUGCACUGGUGUGCACUAGUGCAGAAAGUGUUUCGAAAAAAAACAAACCUAAUUUUUUGUCAAGAUAUUCCGCCUCGGCGGAACGCGUGUAAAAUUAUUUCCCCACAACUAUGUGAAAAUGGUGUUGGGACAUUUUGGAUCGCCUGUAAUCACAUACUGAGAGGGAAAAAGAGAGAGAGAGAGAGAUAUAGACAGAGAAAAAGAGAAAGAACUUUUCUAACCUCCACUAUAUUUUCAUUCGAGAAUGUUUUCUAUUGACUGUAUGGCAAUUUCUACUUUUAAAAUGUUCAUGCAAACACAAAAACUAAUGGAUUAAUUUCAUUUCUUUUUCAAAGUCUGAGUUAAUAUCCUUAAAUAUUAACCAUAAUCGACUGUCACUCAUCAACCAUUAUUAUAAUGUUUGUGAUUAUCAAUUAACGGUCAAAUACAUAUAACAUAUUGAAAAACACAUAACAUUAUAGCAAUUCAACACUUUGAUGUCGUGAUUGUAUUCUUGAAAUUUGGACCAGAAUGAGAUUUAAUGAUAAAGAGCUCGCAGAAGCGAGUUUUGGUCCCGCAGACUUCGAAGGACGUCUAAAUCACAAACGGGCCCAUAAAUCAGUAUUUAAAGAAAAAUGGUUUAAGUUGAGAUACAAUUUAUUGUUUUAUUUCAACAUCAAUGAGUUAGGACAUAUUGAUAGAAGGCAACCUGCUGGUGUCAUUAUUCUGGAGAAUUACAACAUUAAUAUAGAUACUUCGUCUGAAGGAGUAUUUGCAUUUAAUAUCUCGUUCCAUGAUGAUCACGACAAACGGCAUGUUUUGAGUGGUCGAUCAGAGUCUCAUGUUGAACAGUGGAUUACUGCGCUUAAACAAGCAAGCUAUGGAUAUUGGAGAUCUCAACUAAUUAUACUUCAAGAAAGAUUGUGCAAGAAAACUGGCAAAGAUCCAUUACUUAUGUAUCCUAGGAAUCAAGGUGUUGUACGAGAUGACGCUUGGGAACCUGCUUCUAGCUUUAGAUCUCAUGUACGUUCGUUCACAACAUCAGUUGUGUCAUCUCCCAUGUUAAAUACAAUAACGAGAGAAGUUAAUCUUAUAGAACUUUAGUAUAAAGAAAUAAUUUUAAUUAAGACAAUGUAAGAGAUUGAGAGACAAGAAAUAGGUUUUUGAGAUUUGUAUCUUAAAAAAAAGCAUGCAUAAUAUAAUGUACGUAAUAGGACUUUAUAUUUAAUAUGAAUUUACCUUUUAUUUGAACACGUUCGCUGCCAAUUACGAGUAUACUCGUAAUUCAUAUAUAAAGCCUCACAAGCCAACUACGAAUAUACUCGUACUGUCGAUUACUGACCUCCUAUGCCAAGCAUGAGUUAAUCCGUAGUAUAAGCACAUUAAUUUGGACUCUUGGCUUGUGAAUAAAGCGGAGAGCACGUCUGGGGGCUUGGUAGAAGGAAAAUCUUUUCAGCAAAAUUAUAGUAUAUUAUAAAUAAUCUGUAAAUCUUAACAUCUAGCGGAAGUCAUCAAUAUGUGUGACUUCACACAAUAUUUCUUAUGCAUCAUGUAGUACAUUAUUUUUCAUAUAUUCUCAGGAUAUAUAUUAUGAUCUUGUCCGUAAUAUUCCACUUAUUUAUCGAAUGUUAUAAAUGUAUUUUUGAAAUGCCUCUGUAUUUUUUGCAAAAAUAACCAAAACUUUGAAUAACCAGAAGAAAAGGAUACAUUUUCUCAUUAGUAUCAAUUGUUUUAUAACUUGUGUUUCCUAAAGUAAUUAUCGUUUACGUUAAAAUUCAUUAUAAUCUUUAGUUGAAAAUUCAAAAAUUAUCAUGGCAUAACUGAUUCACUGGUAUAUAUUAUAUUAAUUUCCAUCGCACAUCGAUUAUUUUUAUGUUAUUUUUGUUAAGUUUGGGGUCUUAAAAAUAUGUCUCUAAAAUAUUAUGUUGAAAUUCGCAGCGAAACUAUAAUAAUUGUAAAAAUAGCGCACCUGGCCUACCUGGAGAUGCUCAACAUGGCAGAUAAUCCGUUUUUCGGAACGAUUGGCUUUAUAAUUAUUAUGUCUCGAGAGAAUUACAAAAGACCCGAUUUGUAAUGUUGACUCCUUUGUAACUUGUGUGCCUCUUAUUAUUGAAUAUAUAUGAAUCCUUGAAUAUUUUUAAUGGGCUAGCCAACUACAAAUGUCAGAAUUCUGGAUAAAAUGUAUCACACAAUUUGGGUCACUCUCUAUCAUAAGGGUUCAAGUAACGAAAUUCCGAAACGUGAUCAUUGCUCGGAGAGACUUGAAUCCUGGUGCACUUGGCAGUAAGCAAAAGUUGUAGAACAAUUGAGCAACUAUACACACAAAAUACCGCUCCCAGAUGACGUCAUCGAUGUCUGCAGACACUCCAAUUUAUGAAGGUCCGAAUGACAAAAAGCUGCUUGAAAAAUACUUCUGGGUAGUUUUACUCAAAACAAUGAGAGUUUCAACGGCUUACUUUGGAGAUUCACUCCACAAACUAUAGGUCUAUACAAAUCAAAAUCAAAUUGCAUAUUUAGCCAUUUGCAUAUUCAAUGGAAGCUACACAGAUAUAUUACAGAUAAUGAAGCUACUAGGGGUUAAAAUUAAAUUAACAACAGCAUAGUAUUGACACUGCGAGCACCGAAUUGCGAGUGCUCGAUAUAUAUGUAUAUAUAUGUAUAUAUAUCGAGCACAUUACACCUAAUAUAUAUAUAUACCUAUUUGCAUUUCCU